AUGGCAGUGAAAAGAGACGAUCUUGCUCGAGAAAAGGACGGCAACGACUUCGGAGACGGAGUUUCAUGGACUCGGGGCCCUCUGUUGGGGAAAGGCGCUUUCGGCCGCGUUUACAAGGCAACUCUCCGAGACGGCCGCUCGGAAAACAGCUGCCUCCCGCCUGAGCUGGCCGUGAAAUCCGCCGAAGUUUCAUAUUCCGACACGCUACAGAAGGAGAAGCAAAUCAUGAUCCUCAUGGCCGCGUGCUCCAACAUAGUCCGGUGCUAUGGGGACGAGGUGACUCAGGGCGACUCUGCCACGACUGCGUAUAAUCUACUGCUCGAGUAUGCUGCCGGUGGAACCCUGGCUGACCGGAUUGAUAAUUUAGGCAGCCGAGGGCUGCCGAUAAUCGAGGUGAAGAUGCACACACGGUCCCUUCUCAGAGGCUUGUACCACAUUCACGGGUCUGGUUACGUCCACUGUGAUCUAAAGCCGAGUAACAUUCUACUCGUGCCAAGAAACCGAAAAUUCAGGGCGACUAGCACCGAGUUCACAGCAAAAAUCGGGGAUUUUGGGCUCGCAAAGAGGGCAAAACGGUCUAAUUGCAAGAAGAGGAAACUUGGGGAGGAGGUUUGUCGCUGGAGGGGCACGCCUAUGUACCUGUCCCCUGAAGCCGUGACAGGGGACGAGCAAGAGGCCGUUUCUGAUAUUUGGGCGCUCGGUUGUGUCGUGCUUCAGAUGCUGACCGGUAAGGCACCGUGGGAAGGGAGGAGCGCGGAGGAAAUUCUGGAAACAAUAGGGUCCGGAUUGGAUAUUCCAAAAGUUCCCAGCAAGGUACCAAAGGACGCGCGUCAUUUUCUCAGGUGUUGUUUCGAGAGGAACCCUUUGUACAGGCUGACGGCCGAGCUGCUUUUGGAACACCCGUUUCUCGAUGGUUUGGGUAGUGACUUUGAUUAUUAUGUGGACGAGUUUGACGAUAGUGAGUCUGUGUUGUUGGAUUCGGGGAGUGAUGUGGAUGACAGCUCAUGUUCCGACGAAUCAUCGGAGUCAUUUUCUUGCGGGCAUGAGGAGGAUGCGGACGGGUCGGAUGACGAGCAGCCGAGCUGUUCGGAGUUUGAAAACGAUGUGCCUUCGCGAGGGGAGUGGGGAUACAAACGGCAUUGUCCGGUUGGUAAUUUUAAAAAGAGUAGUUUUCAUGCAGUGAAUGUGAUGAGAUUGCUUGUAAAUUGA